AGCUCCAGGAUGGUUUCAUGUGGCGUCCUUCACAUCAAAGUAGAGUAAAAAGUAACAAGGCCUCUUACAAGUGUGUGUCUGUGUUCUGUACUGUGUUGUGUGUGUUAUGUCGAGUGCCGCUAAGCCUUGUGAGUCAGCGAUGGUUGUGCCAACGCGAGCUGAGCCGAGUCGACAGGUGGCGGGAGAGAUCGGCUAACAGCCUCGCUGUCGUGAGGUCUUCCGCCAGCACCACCACGAUGGUCAUCGACGACAAGAACGGCGACGCCGGCUCGCCGUCCGCCGGCGGAUCCAAGCGGACUUUCGCCGAUGACGUUUACUCAACGUUCAGCUCUCCGCUGGCAUGGAUCCUCGUGACGGCACUCGUGGUCACUUGGUCGUGCGUUUUCGUCAUCAUGUUCGACUUGGCUGACUACAAAACCAUCUCAGGAGGCCUCGGCAGGAUUGGCUCGGACCCGACCAAGGCUGUAAACGAUGUGGUGGAUAGAGCCACUAACACGUUCCACGCCAUGUUGAAGUUUGCCGCCAGCCUGGUUGCCCCCGAGGAAGAUGAUGGAAAUCUCUAUGCUGUGAGGAAAAAAGGGGAGUUCCUACCAUCCCGACGUAAAGUCACCAAGAUGCAAGCGAAGAAGUCACGGCCAGUGGUUGAAGUGGUCCAGGAGGAUGAAGAAGAGGAAGAGGAGGAUGAGGGGUAUGAGGAGGAGGAGGAUGAUGAGAAGCAGGAAGAGACAUCUGACGGGGAAGAUGAGGAGGAGGAGGAGGAUGAUUAUGAGGAGGAAGAAGAGGCAGCUGAUGCGGAAGAUGAGGAGGAGGAGGAGGAGGAUGUGGUGGAUGAAGGAGUUGAUGAUGAUGAGGAGGAGGGAACUGAAUCAGCUGAAGACGAGGUGAAGGAAGAAGAAGAGGAGGAAGAGGAGGAAGAUGCAGUCGGUGAAGGAGGUGAUGCCAAUCAGGAGGAGGAGGAAGAGGAUAGAGAUGAAGCGGCUGCAGAUGAAGUGGACGAUGACGAGAAGACGGUGGCUCCUGCUGAAGAGAAGGUGGGGGAGGAAGAGAAGUGGGAGGGAGCUAAAGCCACUGUAGAGAGGAAGCAAGAAGAAGAAGAGGAGGAAGAGGAGCAGGAAGUCACUGCUACCGCUGAAGAUGAAGCCUCCGAACCUGAAGAUGAAGAGGGGGAGGCGAUGGCUGCUCAGGAUGAAGAUGAGGCCGCCACACCUGAGACUGAUGAAGAUGACGAAGAGGAGGAGGAGGCAUUGGCUGCCGAGGAUGAAGAUGAAGCGGAUGAGGCCACAACACCUGAUAUUGAUGAAGAUGAUGACACCACAGAGGAUGACGAAAGAGAAGGCACGGCCGAUGAAGUUAAGGAGGGGGAGGAGGAGGACAGCGAUGAAGAUAUCGAAAAGGAUGAUGAAGACGAGGCCUUGGCUGACUCCUCAGAUCCUUUGUUUCCUUCCAGUGAGGAAGACGAAGAUGACCACCUUGCUUCUGUCGCCGAUGAAGAUGAAUCAGAGCGCACCGGUGACCACAAACCCGACCGUGUCACCGGUGACGACGACGACAAUGAGGAAGCAAUCCAGGACGAAGACCUCGGCCGCCUUGAUUUCGGCCAAUCGGAGGGCUUCGACGACCACAAACCCGAUGAUGUCACAGAUGACGAGGAGCAGGAAGCUGAAGGAAUUGCACUGCCUACCUUGGAUGAAGACGACGAGGACGAUGAGGAUGCCGCAUUACCCCCAAUGACCUUUGGUGAGGAAGAUGAGCUCGAAGAUGACAGCGCAUCAGAGCCUCAUCAGGAUGACGAUGAGGAAGACGACGAUGAGGAGGUUGAAGAUAACUCACUGUCAGUCGCCGUUCCGCACGUGGCUGUGGAGGAGCUCAGCCCCCACAAAGCAGAAGAAGAGGAGAAGGAUGAUGACGAAGAGGAGAAGGUGACAAAGGCAGAAGCUAAAGCGCCUGCAGUUCCACCGUGUCCCUGCACAAGCUCAGCGAAGACGCGAGUGUCUGGCGUGACAAGUGCCAAGAAGAAAGAAUCGAAACCAGUGAAGAUCACAGAAAAACCAAAAAGAACAGCUCUUCCCAGGAUUGCCAGCCUGGAGCCCAAAAUGAGACGGAUCAGGAGGAUUCCGACUCUUCUCAAAACCAAGAAAGAAGAAAAGAGCAAAAAGCUCAAAAGAGAAGCACCUGCUGAGAAGGAGAGCCCAAAACCAGCACAAGUGCCCGAACCAGUGCAAGACGUUGGUGCUUGCAGACCGGCACCGGUCUACUGUCCCUCCCCGCCCGGCUGGUAUGUUCAUCAGAUCAUGACCGACACCCCGUACCCGCCUCCGACCGGCUCAGGUUCUGCUGCUCCGGUUCUGACCGCUCAUCCCAUCCACUCGCCGCCGCUUUACCAUGCGCACCCGAUGAUGCCGCCACUCUACCCCCACUACCAGCACUAUGCUCAGCUCGUGCCACCUGCCAUGCAGGCGCCACCCGAACCAGUCCAGACCGGUACAGCAAGCAGAACCAGUCCAACCAGCUGAACCGGUCCAGCUGGUGGAAACCGUCAGAUCUAAAACCACAGAACAAGCACCGCCCACUCAGCCCGAAGUCAAGAAAGAAGAGAAAGCAGAACUGGAAGCAAAAGCUGAAUCCGAGGUUGACGAAGAAGAUGUGAUGGUAUCAUCUGCAAAGAAAG